AUGGAUUAAGUCAAUGUCAAACUGAAUUUAGAUCAAGUGAAAAGAUCAAAUGAAAGAAACAGCUAAUUCUAAAAAUAGCAAUCCUUAUCAUAGAGGAAAACAGUGAGAUUCUCAACUGGCUCAGAGAUAACUACACCUAUCCUAAAAUCCUCUUAAUAACCAUCAGAGAUCGAUGAUGAUAACUAACUAAUUAACUUCCUAAAGAGAGUGGAUAAUGAUAAAUCAAGCAAAAACAUGGUAUCUCCAGGUGAAAAAACUAGCUCAUCUACAGCUAGACAUUCUAGAGUUAGCAGUAUGUAAGAGGGGAUGGAUCCCUUAACAGAGCUCAUUCGUAGACCUUCAACUGUAUUCAAGUUUGGAGAACAGCAAGCUCUUAAAAAACAGAUAUCUCAGGCAGCUUUGGAUAACUUUAAGCGUUAAAAACUUAGAUAACUCAAUAGAGAGGAUUAGAUAUAUGAUCCAAAGGAUGAAUAGGACAAGUAUAUAGAGGAAAGAGAGCUGGUAAAGAACCUUGAUAAUUUUGAUCACAAGAUUGCCCCUAAUGCCUUAAAUCUAUUUGCACAAAGUCUUUCAAUGAAACUAAAAAAUUCUACUAUUAAAUAAAACAAAUAAUCGAUAAGCAAAUAACUUCAGUAAUAAAAUGUAAAAUAGGCAAGAAUUAAGGAUGACUUGGGACAGAAUCAAGAAUUAAAUAAAAAAUCAAUUAAAGAUAUGGCUCAAGCAAAUGUCAACUUAGUCAACUUGUAAUUAAUCAUGCAAGAUCCAAUGAAGUUCGAUUCUGACUAUGAAAAGAGGGAAAUUGAAAAAUCCCUUAAAAUUAGCAAGAAUAGUAAACCUGUCUAGAACUAAAAUGAAAUCUUGAAAUAUGCCAGUGUUGAUAACAACUGUGACUUGUUCUCAGAAGAAGCUAAAAAAUCAUUGACUAAAUUUAAGAUAUAUCGGCCAAAGGACUCAAUAUAGGAAAAGAGUCCUGAUCUACUUAGAGAAGUAAAAACCACAUCUAAAAUAGCUUCAGAAACUGAAUUUGAUUGCCAGACUCUCAGAGACAUGCCCCAUAACCUUCAUGAUAAUGAAGUUUUAGCGACUUAAAUGGAUUUAUACUUGACAAUUAAUUUUACUGAAAAUCUUGAGAAGGCGAGAAUUAGACGUAAGCAAGAAAGAAUGAUGGAAGAAGAGACACUCAAAAUGACCAAGGUAAAAGGCUUUUAGGAAACAAUUAAUACCUCAAAUAUCAAUGAGAGAAUGAAGAUGGAGACUGAACUUUUGAAUGAAUACAAGAGACUAAGAUAAAAGCUUUAAGAAUAAAGGCAAGCAAGAGCUAAAUUUUCAGCAUUCAAUACUCAAAUCUAUAACUAGUUGCAAUAACUUAGAACUAUUAAUAAAGAGGAAGAUGAAUAAAUAAAGAAAAUAUAAUAGUCAAGUAGGUAGUAGCUAGAAAUGAAAAUGAGAAAAUCAGACAAAGCUACUAUGAUAAGGGAUCUAAUGAGAUUUGGAACUGAAAAGGACCAUAUUUAAAAAUUGAGAGAGGAGAGAUUGAACAAAGAGAAUAGCGUGAAUAAACUAAGGGAGAUUAACACCGAAAGAAUAUAUUAUGUAGAGCAGGAGAUGGAAAUAAUCAAUACAUAGAUGAAGUUUAUUAAAAAUGUGCAAAAGGAACAUUAUCUUAAAUUACUUAAAGAUGGAAAGGAUACCAGAGGAAAAGGGUUAAUUUGGAUUGUUGAAUGCUUGAAGGAUCUAGACAUAAUCAUAUUGAAGGAAAUGAUGCCAUCAUUUAUAGAUGAAUCAAGUAAGGAAUUUAUAAUGACUCUAGCAAUGAGAGAUUACUAAUUAGGUAAAUUAAGACUUGAACUCACAAAAUCAAGAUUGAUAUUGAGAUAACUUGUAACACCAAUCAGAUUAACUACUCUAUCUCAAUAAGUUUCAAGACAUAAUAGUGCAAUUAGAAAUAAAAGAGAAAGAAAGUCUUCUCCUAGUAAAGAGGAGGAUCUUAACUUUGAUCAAGCUUUCAAUGAAUUCAACCAAACAAACAUUCUAGAAAAAUCUUCAUUGAUGUUUACUGAGUAAGGUUUCAAACCCAUAAGGAACAGCUCAGUUUUCCAUCACAUUAUUUCAAUUAAAAAUGACACAAUACGAGACCUCAAGUAAAAUCGAGAGAGUUCUAAGAAUCCUUAUUUUCAUUCUGAAAAAAAUGUAAACCAAAUAAUAGCCUAGAAUAUGUACAUGCCUGUUGAUUUAAAUACUCUCAGCUACAGAGAAUAAAAUAACUUAGCACAUGAAAUUUAAGUUAAUAAUCUUUUCCAUAAAAGGAAUUAAUCUUAAUCGGACCAGAAGAGAAAUAUGUCGGCUAGAACAAAAAAUAAUGAAAUAGAGGAAAUGAAUAGAAGGAUUGAGUAACUUGAAGAGUUGAUUAAAGAAAAAGAAGAUGAAAUAUUAGAGAUUAAGAAAAAUGAGAUUAGGCGUUUGGUCAAAGAUUAUAUGAAUCCGAACAGCUAAUUAAGGAAAUUAGAAAUUGAUUACAAGCAAUUUUUCUUAUGUUUGUAUGGAGAUACAUAUUGGGAAAUGGAAUUCUUUAAACAAGUCAAAGUUGCUGAGAAUAUUAAGAAACCAAAAUGA